CCUACCACAGAACCAUUUCCAGAGUAUGGGAUAGUCAUCAUUGUUCUGGGAUCAAUCCUCUUGAUUGUUCUUAUCGCUGUGUUUUUCAUCUACCGGUAAGAAGUUUGAAGUUAGUCAAGCGUUAACUGUGACAGAAAUAUACGUUUUUCAGCUUUUACUGGCAUAUUUGAUUAUAAUCAGUCUUGUUUGGUUUGUGUAAUGUAUUUACAAAAAAGUGACACUGAUGAUGAUUUAUGAAUAUAAUUUCAACAACUGCAUCACUUAGCUGGCAAUCACCUUAAAUGGUGACAAUGCUGUUUAUUUGAGAAUCAUAUAUUUGAAUAUAAUUUAAUUGAUCUGAAUAAUUGUGAAAGCAUCCUUUAAGAGAAUAUACGUUAUUGAAAAAUAAACACAAGGGCACUGAUAAAUCAACUAUCAAGCUAAAAUUAUAAUUUAUUUUUUAAUGUUAAUCUAGAAUAGUUGAAUAACCAUCAAUUAGUACUGUUUUGAAUCUUAAGUUAGUCUUCAUCAAAAAUUGAUAUUAAAGUAAAUAUUCACUCCUUUUCUUCAGACACAUCAAAUUGGAAGCUGAACUUGCCGAGAUGAACUGGCGAGUACGAUGGGAUGAUAUAUUAUUUGGAGCCCCAGAGAAGAACAAGAAACUAGAAAGGCAAGGGAGCAGGCUGAGCUUGAGAGUAAGUGAAAAAAAGUCUAAAAAAACCCAAAAAAACUAUCACAGCAAGGAUUUUACACAGUGGCUCAAGUUUAGUUAAGUUUAUUAACUAUACCAUUGUACCAAACAAAGUGUAGCACUAUUUAAUUGAUAAAACAAACAAUGUAAAUAGCUGUGUGAAGAAUCUAUCUGUAUUACUUAAAUUUUGCUUACAGAAAGGGUCACUACCCAGUGACUGUUCAGGGGACACAAUCGCUGUCCACCUGAAUGAUGCCAGCAACCGACAGCUGUUUACAAGGACUGGGUACUACAAGGUCUGUGGAUAA